AAGUACAAAAAUAACGAGGAAGAGGGAAGGGGGAGGAAGGAGGCGGCAAAUGGAGUUUUAACGGCGAAUAAACAUGAAGGCUAUGAGCAUAAGAAACCAAGAGCAAAGUUGCAAGAGAAAGCCACCAGAUUCCAAUACAAGUUACCAGGGUACCACCCCUAUAAAUCACGAGUACAUUCGAAUACCAAAUCUACCCCUUCCCAAUCCCUAGCUGCCAUUGACUUUCCCGCUCUCAUCUACCAUGAGCUACAUCAAAAUGCUAGCGACAACGGUAGUCAAAACAUAAUUCCUUUCGACUGUAUCACCCCCGUCCCAAAGACACGAGCCUCAUUCCUCCCCAAACCACAACCAGUCGCUUCAAAGCCAGAAACCACCACCGACACUCAUCUCGACCCACCGGCAGUAUGUUCCACCUUAGCCCGCCUAAAGGCAGAGGAAAUAAUGAACAUCGUGGAGCGCUACGGCUCCCACGAGCGCACAACCACAGCCGGAGAAUGGCUGGGCCGGUCAUCGUUUACGCCGCGUGUCCAGACACAUGUUGCAGCCAACAGAGCAAUUCCUAUGGUUCUACCUGCUUUUCCGAUGAAGAGCAAUAACCGCAUGGACAAGGUGCUAGGUUCACUUCCAGAUUUGGGGGAUGAGCUUGGGUUAGCGCGGUUAGUGAAUCUUUGUCGGGAUAUCAAGGCUGUUUACCCGCCUGGUGCAGUUGUGGUUAUGGUUACGGAUGGGAUUUGCUAUAAUGAUCUUACGGGGAUUUCUGAUGAGGAGGUCUGGGAAUAUGGGAAUCGACUGCGGAAGAUCACCGUUGAGAAGGGAUAUGCUUGCAUUCAGUUCCAUCGUAUUAUGAAUAUGCUGGGUCUUUACACUAGCGCCCAUAUUUCAAAAUCGGAUUAUGUGAAGCUCUGUGGUUUAUCCAGGGCUGAACUCCAUCGACGGUGUGGGCGGCCGGGGUUUGAUGUCGAUAAGUUUUUGAAAAAUGAUGAGGAUUAUCUCAGGACUUAUAAUGGAUAUGACAAGUUCAUGAAAGUCGAUCUAAAAUUCAGCCCAGUGACUAAAGAUUGCGCCGGUCCUAAACAAUAUAAGAGGAGGAUCAAGAUUAUCGCAAAAGCCAUGAUUGUCCGCGGAGUGGAGUACGCAGAGCUAGUACGUCAAGUUUACCCCGACUCACUGCGUCUCUCCAUUCAUCCCUCAUCGGGGCAGACAAAGCUCUCCUGUCCCCUUAUUCCGCAGAAGAACUCAUUUUCCAUGAGCCCUUGGCACUGUAGUGUGGCAGUGACAACCGCAGGGGAAUUCAUAACAGCUCACCAAUCCGUACAUCGGCAGAAGUUCGACCUCAUUAAAAAAGAUGGACAACCAUAUUUCUUCCGUGAGAGCUCGUCGCUUUUUAAUUGGGACGCCAGAGUUGAUUUUGAGCAUCAUUAUGGGCAAAAAUUGGUUGUUAGGGCACAAAAACAGAUUGAUCAAGAACUAUCUGACUCGGAUUUGGACAAAUUGGCACUUUUGGCAAUUCAACAAAGAAUUAGCCCAGUGACAGAUAGCACUGGUACCAGUAUGAAAGCUCUCAUUAUAGCGAAUUACCUGAAAGACCUCAGGCCACUGAAGAGUGCGCUCAACCAUUGCACCCUUGCAACUGCCUGUGAUUUCGCUCUUGAAGGCCGUGAGCCUCCUUAUCUCAAAGACCAGAGGCAGGGACUGGUCACCGGCGUGGUCGACGAAGAAGUAGCCGAUCAAGCACUGGCGGAGCCUCAAGAAGACAAUGUGCAGCCCGUGGUGGAGAGGCUUAUGGAGCGUAAUAUGCUACCCCCGGCCAUAGGCCAUGUCGAUGUAUACAGCUGGCUAAUUGAAAUCGUGGCUUAUAACUGGCUGACGCACCCGGAUGAGUUUGAUUUCGAUCUCGUGGCGCAGGUGCUUGCAUUUUUGACUUAG